CAAAGUCUUCCCUUUUGCCCCCUUCGAAUUAACUCGCUGCCAAAAGGAUGCCUGCCAGCCGUGGGCGUUUGCGGCGCCUCCAGGAGGUGAAUCAGAGCGUGAUCACGAUCUUAUUGAUGGCGACCUUGAGCGCGGGAGAAAGGCGGGGCUCCCAUGAGGUCGUAGAGGAGAGGAGGCUACAAAAUGACUCCACACCCAAACCGCCUCCGCCUCCGCCUUUUUCCCCCCCUCCAUUCACACCGCGUCCGCCGUCCCUCCCUCCAUUCGGUAAAGACAGCGAUGUCUGGGGCCAUUUGGAAGCGCGAAGGCCCUGUUUUGCGUUUCUGUGUGUUGCUAUGCAGUGCAUGAAAAGCUUCCAGACUACGUCAACGGUAAACAAACGGUCAGAAUCCCGUUGUUCGCAUACGGAAGAUUAUCGUCUUUGCUGCUUUCCUGAUGCUGUGUUUGUGCAGCGACUCAGUUGCCUGGCGAUAGUUUAGGGGUGGAGUUCGUUACCAUCCCGUUCCACACAGACGAGAGCCUGUGGACAGCAUGGCAGGCAAGCCACCAGGAAGACAGACAAACACACAUACACGGAGGCCAGGAUGAGUUGCAUGUGUACAUGUGUAUGCAUGCCUUUGUGUCCAUCAUUCGUUCGUUCAGGGCGACAUAGGCACGUGGCAGCGCUUCAUGCUCAAGGUGUCUUCCAUCCCCGAGCUGACGUCCAAAUGGGUUUUAGUGGAAAUGUACUACGUCAUCGACCCCUCAUCCGAUGUCUCCCUCUUUCCCCCCGCCUCACUCCAGCCCCCGGUCGUCGCCAGCUCUGCCCUUGCCACGAGCACCUUCCACGACCCUUUGCUGGUGCUCAAGAGUGGGGGGCCGCCUGCUUUUCUCGAGCCUGGGCAGAGCUCGUUGAGCUCAGAGAAAACUACUGUCAACAAGCGGGAGAUCAACGCGAGGUCGGACAAUGUUGACCUGCACGCUUAUGUGCUGUGGAAGCCGUACCAUUAUGUGACACUGACGCCCAACGACCUGGCGUCUGCAGAUUCGCUGCACACCUGGUACCAAAGGAAGGAAUGUACCACAUGAGUAGGUCCGCCCAUGCCGUUCCUGUCUCUGUGCGCGCCAACAUGCCUUUACAGGCAUGUUGCUAUCUUUGAUUUUGCCCGUUUGGAUCGCUCGAACAAGCUCAACUACUUCUUGAGAGUUCGCUACUUUGGUACGGAGGACAGCAGCUGCCAGCCGCUUCUUUCCGUCGAUCCAUGUCGGUCUGUCUGUCUGUAUGUCUGCACAUUGUCAACAGACGAGGCGCCCUGUCCGCGUCAGUGUCUGGGGAGGGGAAACUGUCGCGGCGGAAGAUGUCAGUGCGCCAGGGGGUACGGAGAUGAAGACUGCAGCUCAGGUAAGUCAGGACAUACAAGCACACGCGAGACGCACGUGUGCAUGCAUAUGCAAUUUGCGCCGUUGUGCAACGUUAUAUGGCUCUGUUUGUAUGUAUGUGACGCCAGAGGUGGGAGUGCUGCAGAAUGGCAAGGAUGUGUCCGGUCAGAUCGACCCGGGGGUUGUGCACUACUACUACAUCGACGCCAAACCAGGUCAUGGUCAUCUGUUUGUCUGCGGCAUGUGGUUACAUCAUGCCCGUGUAUAUGUGUGCAGGCGAGAAUCGUAUGCUGAUCAUUGACUUCCAGAAUCAGGGCGGCGACCCCUACCUGGUCAUCAAGGGCAGCCAAACCAAGUCAGGCAUGACACGUUUACACAUAAGAAGUGAAUGUGAUGCACUGCUGUCUGUGUGUGGCUCUCCGUCACUCAUUGUUUGACAGCAACUAUAAGCUGCCGACACGACUGGUACCCGCAGACAAAGACACACUGAGAGACACACACACACGCAGGGAGAGAGAGGAAGAGAUGUGUGUGUCUGUUUUGUGUGCACACAGGAUCACAACUUCGACACGUACAAUCUGAACAAGGAGAGGCAGCGGCACCAAAAGCUGCAGUUCCUCAUCUCGGGAUACACAUUCGACAGAUGGUUCAUCGGUACCGCCGGCCCUUCCGCACACGUCUUUUUAGCUCUGCAUCCGUGUAAGUGUCUCUCUCUCUCUCUCUCUCUCUGUGUGUGUGUGAGCAGCUGUGAACAACCGGUGGCCGGUUGAGUAUGAUCCUGAGACGCGUUACGUGCUGACAGUGUCGGUGCAGGACAACCCCGCCGACCAAACACAGCUCAUAUACAUAUACAUCGCCCUCACUAUGGGAGUGGUAAGACCAUGGCAAGCAAAACACGCACGCUCACAUCAAUCACCCAGAUUUGUUGUGUCUCCCUGCAUGUGUGUGUGCGUGUCUCCCUGUGUGUGUAUCAGGUGUUUUUGUUGAUGUGGCUGCUCUUCUGCGUGUACAAGGUGGUGAGGAUGGGGCGGACCAGCCCCACAUCUGCACUCACAUCUGCACUCCAAGCAGUAAGGGUAACCAACCAUCCCCCCCCGCCUCCACCCCCGGGCACACACGAGGUUUCUUUCUCCCUCCCUCCCUCCCUCGCUAUCAGUUUGCGGUUGGUGCCGGUGGUGUGGGUGACGGGUCGCCACGGAACGUCAGGAGGGUCCUCGACAUCGACACACGAUUCCCCGCUCAAACCUUCGGAAAUGCAAAGGUUCACAUGUCUUGAGACAGACCCUCACACGCCCCUCCGUCCCUCUCCUUUCUCCGCAGAAGCACGUCAAGGGUCUGGAGAUGCAGCGCACCUCAUCCUCCAUCCUAUCCACCAGCGGCGUGGUCUUCCCCAUUGCCGAUGAGCGAGCCGUGACCCUGCCAGCCAUCGCCACCCCCAUGAUGGUCGGCAAGGGACAGAAAUUCCCAAACAGCCCCUACAUGCCGCCAACCCACUCCGUGACCACCCCCGCGCCCACGCCGCUCGCACUAGCACGGGACACAGAGAUGGAGACCGUCAGCGGGGGCCCGGUGCCAGUCGCCACGGGAGUCGCUCUCGGCCUCAUCAGGUGAAUUGGGCCAUGGGUGGGAGCGCGGAAUCGCAUACCCAUGUGUGUACGUGUGUGGAUGGAUGGAUGCAGGGGCGACUCAGAUGAGAUUGCGUCUCACCGUAAGCAGAGUGAGGCUGACAGCCGGCCGCCAGGGGCUGAGAUGGACGGCCAUGGCGUGCGUGAUAACGUCAGCCCGCCCGGCACCCUGCAGGAGGAACCCGUGGAAGCCAAAGAGGGAGAGGGAGAGGGAGAGGGAGAGGGAGGGGCUACCAGUAGAGCAAAGACGGAGCCGCCUGUGGAUGAUUUCUGGUACAUAAUGCCUAGAGGGAGCACUCUAUGCUCAUCGCACGCUCUUUAUGUCAUGCAGCUGUUCUGUGUGUCUUGUGGAGUUUGAAGAGGAUGAUGAGGUGACUUAAUGAAGGGGUGAAUGAAUGCAGACCAGACAUGUUUGUAUGGAUGCAGGCUUGUGGGAUGGAUGUGUGCUGUCCACUCGUGCAGGUCCGUGUGCUGGACUGCAAACACGUCUUUCACAAGGUGGGUCACACGGCCACGUGUGAGUUGUAAGGUACUAGGAUGGUUCACUGCACUGUGUCUCCGUUUGUCCCGUCCACCCACACAGCUGUGCAUCGAUGAAUGGUUCAAAGCACAUACAGUAAGCUCACUUCACACCCAGAACACCACUCCCGACGACAGCAUACCCAUUCUCCGCUUCGUCUCCUCCCAGGUGUGCCCUUUGUGCCGAGCUGAGUACGGCGAGCUGGUGCCGAUGGAGCUGCCCGGCGACCAGCCGCCCCCGCCACCCGUCCCAUUCCUUCGCACUCCCAGUGGCUCCCCGCAGAACCAAGACGAUCAUGGGCCCCAGCAGCCCGAACAAGAGGGAGACACGGCCAAUGCAGGAGCGACGCCUGAGGCCACGGCCAUGAACGGCGGACCACCGGCAGUGGAAACCCCUGCGCCGCCGUCCCCUGACCUGCUGACGAGCACUAUCCUGCCCGUGGAUAUGAUCAACGGGGAUGUGGAUGGGUCGCCGUCAUCUGGGGUUGAUGUGGAGGCCAGGAUAGUGCCUAUAACAGUCGAGGAGGAGGAGCAGACCGCCGUUGUGGUGGUCAGUCCGGACGAUGGGGUGGGCCGUGGGGAGGGGGAGGGGGAGGGGGAUAGGGGAGGGCACGCUCAGAGAGGGGAACGUGAGUGACCGACAUCCAUCCAUCCAUGCAUCCAUCGGUGUGUGUGCACGGGUGCACGCAUGCCUUGGGUUUUUUCGCCAUUUGUUGCUCUGCUUCGACGAGCCAGCGCCAUGUUGGAUGCCUGGCUGAUGGAUGCACGUCUCUUUCUGUGGUCGUUGCUCUCUUUGUUGUCUCGCUAAUGCAGCCAGCCAGCCGGUCGUCGCCGUCUCUGGCGGCCUUGUUGC